GACCACCGUGUGGGUGCAAUUGGAGGAACAAUCGCACCCCGGACCAUUGAAUAAGGUUCGGAUGAGGUGGUUUGGUUCUAGAAAUCCAGCCAACUUUUCAUCUUUUCGGUUCUAACAGCAGUGCCAUCGGGCAUUGCUCAGGAGAUGGCGAUGAGGUUGUUCUACUUGGGAUUUAUUCUCUGCUUGGAGGUCAUGUCUCCUAACGGUGUCACCAUAGGUCCCAAAUCUGAUGAUCCUCCCAAGACUUGCAACCCUAAGCAGUUUGCCUGUAAGGACCAGGUGACCUGUAUCUCCAAAGGUUGGCGUUGUGAUGGGGAGAAGGACUGUCCAGAUGGCUCAGAUGAAUCGCCAGAUAUCUGCUCACAUAACCGGCCAAACCAGUGUCCUGUCAACGAACAUGGCUGCUUGGACCUGGAUGUCUGCAUCCAUAUGAGCAAACUGUGUGAUGGAGUCUCCGAUUGUUCGGAUGGCUGGGAUGAGGGGCCUCACUGCCGAGAAAAAGCAUCAGAAUGUGCUGCCUUUGGGUGCGAGUUUCGCUGUGGGGUGACUCACGACGGGCCUCGGUGCUACUGUGGACAUGGUUACGAGGUCGCUGCAGAUGGAAAGAAGUGUAAAGAUUUCAAUGAGUGUAGUGUGUAUGGGACAUGUAGUCAGACGUGCACAAACAUAGAAGGAAGCUAUACCUGCAGCUGUGUUGAGGGCUAUCUGCUGCAGCCAGAUAACCGCUCCUGCAAAGCCAAAAAUGAUCCAGUGGAUCGUCUGCCUGUUCUGCUGAUCGCAAACCUCCAUGACAUCCGAUGCACGUCACUGAGCGGCUCCACGUCCCGGCUUCCUGUCAUAACCACCAAGCAGACGAUGGCGAUGGAUUUUAUCUACGCCGAGGAGACAGUUUGUUGGAUAGAUGUGGGUGAAUCCCCCGCUGCCACUCAGCUGAAGUGCGCCAGCAUCCAAGACCUGAAGACGGUCAGCAACAUCCGUACCAUCAACAUCACCCUCAGCUUGCAUCAUGUGGAGCAGAUGGCCAUCGACUGGCUGACUGGAAACUUCUACUUUGUGGAUGACGUGGAUGACCGGGUGUUUGUGUGCAACAAGGAUGGCCAGACUUGUGUGACCCUGCUGGAUCAGGAGCUGUACAACCCGAAGGGCAUAGCCCUGGACCCAGCAAUGGGGAAACUGUUCUUCACGGACUACGGCUCCACACCAAGGGUGGAGCGUUGCGACAUGGAUGGCCAGAACCGCACUAAGCUAGUGGACAGCAAGAUCGUCUUCCCCCAUGGCAUAACCCUGGACCUGGUUAACCGGUUGGUGUACUGGGCUGACGCCUACCUGGAUUACAUUGAAGUGGUGGAUUAUGAGGGCAAGAACCGACACACCAUCAUCCAGGGUCUGCUGAUUGAACACCUGUAUGGACUGACUGUAUUCGAGAACUACCUCUAUGCAACAAACUCAGAAGAAGGCAACCUCAACCCAAAGACCAGUGUGAUCCGGGUGAACCGCUUCAACAACUCCGACUUCCAGGUGGUGACCCGUUUGGAUCGGGGAGCUGCGCUGCACGUUUACCACCAGAGGCGCCAACCUCAAGUGCGCAGCCAUGCUUGUGCCCUGGAUCAGUUUGGAAAACCUGGAGGUUGCUCUGACAUUUGUCUUCUAAGCAACAGCCACAAGACCCGUACCUGCCGCUGCCGCUCUGGAUUCAGCCUGGGCAGUGAUGGGAAGUCCUGCAAGAAACCAGACCAUGAGUUAUUCUUGGUUUACGGUAAGGGUCGUCCUGGAAUCAUCCGGGGCAUGGACAUGAAUGCCAAGGUACCAGAUGAGUACAUGAUUCCCAUCGAGAACCUGAUGAACCCCCGAGCCUUGGACUUCCACGCCGCCAGUGAAUUUAUCUACUUUGCAGACGCCACCAGCUACAUUAUUGGCCGACAGAAGAUUGAUGGCACAGAGAGAGACAACAUUCUAAAGGAUGGUAUUCACACAGUGGAGGGGAUAGCAGUCGACUGGAUGGGAGGAAAUCUCUACUGGACAGAUGAUGGACCCAAGAAGACUAUCAGUGUCGCCAGGCUGGAGAAGGCUUCACAAACUCGCAAAACUCUCAUUGAGGGAAAAAUGAGCCACCCCCGGGCCAUUGUUGUGGAUCCACAGCAUGGGUGGAUGUACUGGACUGACUGGGAGGAGGAUCCCACUGAGAGCAACAGGGGGAAAAUCAAGAAAGCGUGGAUGGAUGGUUCCCAUCACCAAGUCUUCCUGACCAGCAAAACAGUACUGUGGCCCAACGGCUUGAGUCUGGACAUUCCUCAGGGCAUCCUGUACUGGGUGGAUGCUUACUAUGACCGAAUCGAGAUGGUUUACCUUAACACCACGGAGAGAAAGGUCGUCUAUGAGGGCCAGGAGCUUAACCAUGCGUUCGGCUUAUGCCAUUACAAACAAUUUCUGUUUUGGAACGAAUACCGCGGCGGGAGCAUCUACAAACUGGACCAGGUCACCAAAACGGUCACUUUGCUUCGCAAUGAGAGGCCUCCUAUAUUUGAGAUCAGAGUGUACGACGCUCACCAGCAGCAAGGCACCAAUGCGUGCAGAGUAAACAACGGCGGCUGCAGCAGUCUGUGUCUCGCCAUUCCUAACGGCAGGUCCUGUGGCUGCGCUGACGAUCAAAUACUUGAUGUCAACAACGUCACCUGCAAAGCCAACCCCUCCUACGUCCCUCCUCCCCAGUGCCAGUCGGGGGAGUUUGCCUGUAAGAACAACCGCUGCAUCCAGGAGCGCUGGAAGUGUGACGGGGACAACGAUUGUCUGGACAACAGCGACGAGGCCCCUGACCUCUGCCAUCAGCACACUUGCCCUGCAGACAGAUUCAAAUGCCAGAACAACCGCUGCAUCCCGCUGCGAUGGCUGUGUGACGGCGACAAUGACUGCGGCAAUGAUGAGGACGAAUCCAACACCACCUGCUCUGCUCGCACAUGCCCACCAAGCCAGUAUCCCUGUGCCAGUGGGCGCUGCAUCCCCGUUUCCUGGACAUGUGACCUGGAUGAUGACUGUGGAGAUCGCUCAGAUGAGCCAGAGUCCUGUGCCUAUCCAACGUGCUUCCCUCUCACCCAGUUUACCUGCGCCAACGGCCGUUGCAUCAAUAUCAAUUGGCGCUGUGACAAUGACAAUGACUGUGGGGAUAACAGCGAUGAAGCUGGCUGCAGCCACUCUUGCUCCAGUGUGCAGUUUAAAUGCAACAGCGGCCGCUGCAUCCCAGAAUACUGGACCUGCGAUGGCGACAACGACUGCGGAGACUACAGUGACGAAACUCAUGCCAACUGCACUAUCCGGGAACCCCGCCCCGCUGGCGGCUGCCAUGUUGAUGAGUUUCAAUGCCGGAUGGAUGGGCUGUGCAUUCCCAUGCGCUGGCGCUGCGAUGGCGACACCGACUGCAUGGAUCUCAGCGAUGAGAACAAUUGUGAUGGUUGGAACCACACGUGUGACACGGCAGUGAAGUUCAGCUGCAGAGACUCUGCUCGCUGCAUCAGCAAAGCCUGGGUGUGUGACGGGGAUAGCGACUGCGAGGACAACUCGGACGAGGACAACUGUGAGGCGUUGGUGUGCAAGUUGUCUCACCACAUGUGUGCCACCAACGACUCCAUCUGCCUGCCUGCUGAGAAGCUCUGUGACGGCACCGACGACUGUCUGGAUGGCUCUGACGAGAAGCUUUGCGACUUAUGCUCUGUGGAUAAUGGUGGCUGUAGUCACAACUGCAGCAUUAUUCCUGGGGAGGGCUUCAUGUGCUCUUGUCCACUGGGUAUGGAGCUGGGAGCCGACAACAAGACCUGCCAGAUCCAAAGCUUUUGUGCCAAACACCUAAAAUGUAGCCAGAAGUGCGAACAGGAGAAGUCCAGAGUGAAGUGUUCCUGCUAUGAGGGCUGGGAGCUGGAGGUAGAUAUGGAGAGCUGCAAAAGUUCUGAUCCUUUCAAACCUUUCAUUAUCUUCUCCAAUCGGCACGAGAUCAGGAGGAUUGACCUUCACAAAGGAGAGUUCAGCGUUCUCGUACCAGGCCUGAGGAACACCAUUGCUUUGGACUUCCACCUCAACCAGAGCACCCUGUACUGGACCGACGUUGUGGAGGACAAGAUCUAUCGUGGGAAGCUGUCUGAAAAUGGAGCCCUGACCAGUUUCGAGGUGGUCAUUCAGUAUGGCUUGGCGACCCCAGAGGGCCUAGCCGUUGACUGGAUAGCAGGAAACAUUUACUGGGUGGAAAGCAAUCUGGACCAGAUUGAGGUGGCCAAAUUGGACGGGACCAUGAGAACUACCCUGCUGGCUGGAGAAGUGGAGCAUCCCCGGGCCAUUGCUCUGGACCCGCGGGACGGAAUUUUGUUUUGGACAGACUGGGACGCUAGUCUGCCCAGGAUAGAGGCGGCAUCCAUGAGCGGCGAAGGCAGACGCACCAUCCACAGGGAGACCGGCAGUGGCGGCUGGCCAAACGGACUCACUGUGGACUACAUGGAAAGACGUAUUGUCUGGAUUGAUGCCAGGUCAGAUGCCAUCUACUCCGCGAUGUAUGACGGCUCUGGUCUGAUUGAGGUGUUACGGGGUCACGAGUAUUUGUCCCACCCCUUUGCUGUCACCAUGUACGGAGGGGAGGUCUACUGGACCGACUGGCGGACAAACACGCUCGCCAAAGCCAAUAAAUGGACAGGACACAAUGUCACUGUUGUCCAGCGCACCAACACGCAGCCCUUUGACCUGCAGGUCUAUCACCCGUCCAGACAACCCCUAGCUCCAAACCCAUGUGCCACAAGGGAUGGUAAAGGCCCCUGCUCCCACCUGUGCCUCAUCAACUUUAACCAGACCUUCUCCUGCACCUGCCCGCACCUUAUGAAGCUGCAGUCCGACACGCGCACCUGCAAAGAGUCCCGCAAGUUCCUGCUUUAUGCCCGACAGAUUGAGAUCCGAGGCGUGGACAUCGACAACCCUUACUACAACUACAUCAUCUCGUUUACUGUGCCAGACAUUGACAACGUGACCGUGGUGGAUUAUGAUGCCGUGGAGCACCGCAUCUACUGGUCAGAUGUGCGAACACAGACCAUCAAAAGAGCUUUUAUUAACGGGACUGGAGUGGAAACGGUUGUUUCUGCUGACCUUCCUAAUGCCCACGGCCUGGCAGUAGACUGGGUGUCCAGGAACCUCUUCUGGACCAGCUAUGAUGCUAAUAAGAAGCAGAUCAAUGUGGCGAGGCUGGAUGGCUCUUUCAAGAAUGCCAUCAUCCAGGGGUUAGAUAAGCCCCACUGUCUGGUGGUGCAUCCUCUACUGGGGAAGCUUUACUGGACCGAUGGUGACAACAUUAGCAUGGCUAACAUGGAUGGAAGCAACCACACCAUGCUUUUUACCAAUCAGAAAGGCCCAGUUGGGCUUUCCAUUGACUAUGAGAAGAAGCAGCUGUACUGGAUCAGCUCGGGUAACAGCACUAUUAACCGGUGCAAACUGGAUGGUUCUAACCUGGAGAUCUUGGAAGCUGUGAAAGGCAAACUUACCAAGGCGACUGCUCUGGCUAUCAUGGGAGACAAGCUGUGGUGGGCAGACCAGGGAACACACCAGAUAGGAACAUGUGACAAGAAGGAUGGUGGGAACUGGAAAGUUUUGAGGAACAACACUUCCCCCAUGAUGCACAUGAGAAUCUAUGAUGAGGAUGUGCAGAAAGCGGGUAUCAACCUUUGCAGCAACAACAAUGGCGACUGCUCACAGCUGUGUCUGCCCACCUCCCAAACAACAAGAUCCUGCAUGUGCACGGCUGGAUACAGCCUCAAAACAGGGCAGCAGUCCUGCGAGGGUAUGGGAUCUUUCCUGCUGUAUUCCGUUCAUGAGGGAAUUCGAGGUAUUCCACUCGACCCGACAGACAAAUCCGAUGCCUUAGUGCCAGUGUCUGGCACCUCUCUGGCCGUAGGCAUCGACUUCCAUGCUGAGAAUGACACCAUCUACUGGGUUGACAUGGGACUGAGCACCAUCAGCAGAGCAAAGAGGGAUCAGACAUGGAGAGAGGAUGUGGUGACCAACGGCAUCGGCAGAGUGGAGGGGAUCACUGUCGACUGGAUAGCAGGAAAUAUCUACUGGACCGACCAGGGCUUUGAUGUGAUUGAAGUAGCCAGGCUCAAUGGCUCCUUCCGCUACGUGGUCAUCUCCCAGGGUCUGGACAAACCCAGAGCUAUAACCGUCCAUCCAGUGAAGGGGUAUCUUUUCUGGACAGAGUGGGGUCAGUACCCUCGUAUCGAGCGCUCUCGCUUGGAUGGCUCCCAGAGGCUGGUCGUGGUCAACGUGAGCAUCAGCUGGCCAAACGGGAUCUCUGUCGACUAUGAGGAGGGUCUGCUUUAUUGGUGCGAUGCCCGAACAGACAAGAUAGAGCGGAUCAACCUAGAGACAGGAGAGAACAGAGAGUUGGUGCUGGCCAGCAACAACAUGGACAUGUUUGCUGUGUCUGUAUUUGAGGACUACAUCUAUUGGAGUGAUAGGACUCAUGCCAAUGGAUCCAUUAAGAGAGGUAGCAAAGACAAUGCUACAGAUGCCAUGCAGCUCAGGACAGGCAUUGGUGUACAACUAAAAGACAUCAAGGUAUUCAACAGGGCCAGGCAGCAAGGCACUAACAUCUGCAAAGACAAAAAUGGCGGCUGUGAACAGCUGUGUCUUUACCGUGGCAACGGGGAGCGCACUUGCGCCUGCGCCCACGGCAUGCUGGCCGAGGACAGACGUAGUUGCCGCGACUACGACGGGUACCUGCUGUACUCAGAGCGCACCAUCCUGAAAAGCAUACACCUGUCCGACGAAACAAACCUCAACGCGCCGAUAAAACCGUUCGAGGACCCGGACCACAUGAAGAACGUUAUCGCCCUUAGCUUUGACUUCCGCGGCGGCGGAGGGAAGGGAACCAACCGUAUCUUCUUCAGCGACAUUCACUUUGGCAACAUCCAGCAGAUCAACGACGACGGCAUUGGUCGCAAGAUUGUGGUGGACAAUGUUGGGUCAGUUGAGGGUCUGGCUUACCACCGAGGCUGGGACACACUCUACUGGACUAGUUACACCACCUCCACCAUCACUCGCCACACGGUGGACCAGAGCCGCUCUGUGGCUUACAACCGCAACACUGUCGUUACAAUGUCUGGAGAAGACCACCCCAGAGCCUUUGUGUUGGAUGAGUGUCAGGAUCUCAUGUUCUGGACAAACUGGAACGAGCAGGCUCCCAGCAUCAUGAGGGCCUCUCUGAACGGAGCUAAUGUGCUUGUAAUCAUUGGCAGUGACGUUAAAACUCCUAAUGGCCUGGCCAUAGAUCACCGUGCCGAGAAACUCUACUUCUCCGACGCCACUCUGGACAAGAUCGAGCGCUGCGAGUAUGAUGGAAGCAACCGUUAUGUCUUGUUGAAGAAUGAACCUGUUCAUCCAUUUGGUCUGGCUGUGUAUGGUGAUUACAUCUUUUGGACGGACUGGGUGAGGAGGGCUGUCCUGAGGGCUGACAAGUUUACGGGAGGAGACAUGAAAGUUCUGCGUGCCGACAUUCCUCAGCAGCCUAUGGGCAUCAUUGCAGUAGCUAAUGACACCAAUAGCUGUGAGUAUUCUCCAUGCCGAACAAAUAACGGAGGCUGCCAGGAUCUGUGUCUGCCCACAUCCGAUGGACGGGUGAACUGCAGCUGCCGCGGGGACAGACAGCUCCUCGAGGACAACACCUGCUCUUCACUGAAUAUGUCAUGUGCAAGUGUUGAUGACUUUGAGUGCGGAAACGGUGACUGCAUCAACUACAGCCUUACCUGUGACGGGAUGGCCCACUGCAAGGACAAAUCUGACGAAAAGCAGUCGUAUUGUGCCAAUCGCAUUUGUAAGAAGGGCUACAGACGGUGCAUUAACGGCCGCUGCCUUGGCCACCAGUUCUGGUGUGAUGGCACAGAUGACUGUGGAGACAAUUCAGAUGAGCUGCCCUGCAACAUGACCCUGUGCAAAGCAGGAGAGUUUCAGUGCAAAGACGGGAGCUGCAUCACCAACCACAGCCGCUGCGACCAGGUGGUCAACUGUGAAGAUGCGAGUGAUGAAAUGAACUGCCAACCUACCGACUGCUCACGUUUCUUCCGUCUUGGAGUUAAAGGUUCCUCCUUCCGGAGCUGUGAGAAAACCACACUCUGUUAUCUGUCCUCAUGGGUGUGUGAUGGCAACAAUGACUGUGGAGACUUUUCUGAUGAGAGAAACUGUCCAGAUAAAAGGAAGCUGAAAUGUCCCGUUAACUUCUUCGCUUGCCCCAGUGGGCGUUGCAUUCCGAUGAGCUGGACCUGCGAUAAGGAGAAUGACUGUGAGAAUGGAGCUGAUGAAACACACUGCGACAAGUUUUGUUCGCCCACUCAGUUCGAAUGUGGGAACCACCGCUGCAUUUCCAAGAACUGGGUGUGUGAUGGCUCCGAUGACUGCGGUGACGGCUCUGACGAAGGCCAGAUAUGUGAACAUAAAUCCUGCAGCCCUGACGUAUUCCAGUGCCCGGGUUCCCAUCUGUGUGUCCCUCAGCGCUGGAAGUGUGAUGGAGAUAAUGACUGUCCCGAUGGAGCUGAUGAGAGUGUAAAAGCUGGGUGCAUGUACACCAACAAUACAUGUGAUACCAAGAAUGAGUUCAUGUGCCAGAACAGACAGUGCAUCCCUAAGCACUUUGUGUGUGACCAUGACAUUGAUUGUUCCGAUGGGUCGGAUGAAUCCCCUGAAUGUGAAUAUCCACCAUGUGGCCCAGAUGAGUUUCGCUGUGCCAAUGGUCGUUGCCUCAACCAGAAGAAGUGGGAGUGUGACGGGGAGUUUGACUGUACAGAUCACUCAGAUGAAGCUCCCAAAAACCCUCACUGCAUAGACUCAGAGAGGACUUGUAAUGAAUCGGCCUUUAUGUGCCAUAAUAAGAAGUGUUUAAACGAGACGCUGCUGUGCGACCGGAACGACGACUGUGGCGAUGGCUCUGACGAACUAAACUGCUUCAUCAACGAGUGUCUGAACAGUAAGCUGAGUGGCUGCUCGCAGCUCUGCGAUGACUUAAAGAUCGGCUUUAAAUGCAGAUGCCAUCCAGGCUUCCAGCUGAAGCGCGAUGGGAAGACGUGUGUGGAUAUAGACGAGUGCACGACCACCUACCCAUGUUCUCAGCACUGCCUGAACACACAUGGCAGCUUCCACUGUCUCUGCGUGGAUGGUUUUGUAGUCAGCCCCAAUGACCCCACCAUCUGCAAGUCCACAUCGGAUGUGGAGCCCUACUUGAUUUUUGCGAAUCGUUACUAUCUGAGAAAGCUCAACCUGGAUGGUUCCAACUACACUCUUAUAAAGCAGGGUCUGAACAAUGCAGUAGCACUGGACUUUCACUAUGUAGAGCAGAUGAUCUACUGGACAGAUGUGACUACACAGGGAAGCAUGAUCCGACGGAUGCACAUGAACGGCUCCAACAUGGAGGUUUUGCACCGAACUUCCCUGAGUAAUCCAGAUGGUCUGGCUGUGGACUGGGUCGGUGGAAACUUGUACUGGUGUGACAAAGGCCGUGACACCAUUGAGGUCUCGAAGCUUAAUGGGGCCUACAGGACUGUGGUGGUUAACAGUGGCCUUAAGGAACCGCGUGCUGUUGCUGUGGACGUCCGCUAUGGGUACCUUUACUGGUCUGACUGGGGUGAAAACCCUCACAUUGGGAGAAUUGGGAUGGACGGGACAGACAGAAAAAUUAUCAUUGAGGAUAAGAUCACCUGGCCUAAUGGACUGACCUUGGACUUUGUCAAUGAUCGGAUAUACUGGGCAGAUGCCAGAGAGGACUACAUCGAGUUCGCCAGUCUGGACGGCACCAGCAGACACACAGUUCUUAACCAUGACAUCCCUCACAUCUUUGCCAUGACGCUGUUUGAGGAGCACAUCUACUGGACCGACUGGGAGACAAAGUCCAUCAACAGGGCACAUAAGACCAUGGGUACCAAUAAGACCACCCUGAUCAACACCCUGCACCGGCCCAUGGAUAUUCACAUUUACCAUCCCUACCGCCAGCCCCCAGUGCUCAACCACCCGUGCCAGACAGACAAUGGCGGCUGCAGCAAUCUCUGCCUCCUCUCACCUGGAGGAAGCUACAAAUGUGCCUGUCCCACUAACUUCUAUCUGGCCAGCGACCAGCGGACAUGCAUGUCCAACUGUACGGCGAGCCAAUUUGUGUGUAAGAACGACAAGUGCAUUCCUUUCUGGUGGAAAUGUGACACUGAGGAUGACUGUGGAGACGGAUCAGACGAGCCGGCAAACUGUCCGGAGUUUAAAUGCAGACCGGGACAGUUUCAGUGCGGCACGGGCAUCUGCACCAACCCUGCUUAUAUCUGCGACGGAGAUAAUGACUGCCAGGACUUCUCCGACGAGGCCAACUGUGAUAUUCACGUUUGCCUGCCCAGCCAGUUCAAAUGUUCCCACCCAAACCGCUGCAUCCCAGGGAUCUUCCGCUGUAACGGCCAGGAAAACUGCGGAGAGGGCGAGGAUGAGAAGGACUGCCCUGAGGUUACAUGUGCUCCCACCCAAUUCCAGUGUGCGAUGACCAAACGCUGCAUACCUCGCCUCUGGGUGUGUGACCGGGACAACGACUGUGCGGAUGGAUCUGAUGAACCGGCCAACUGCACUCAGAUGACGUGCGGCGUGGAUGAGUUCCGAUGCAAAGACUCCGGACGCUGCAUCCCUGCACGCUGGAAGUGCGACGGAGAGGAUGACUGUGGCGAUUCCUCUGAUGAACCAAAAGAAGAGUGCGCUGAGAGGACGUGUGAACCUUACCAGUUCAGAUGCAAGAACAACCGCUGUGUCCCAGGUCGCUGGCAAUGUGACUACGACAACGACUGCGGGGACAACUCUGACGAAGAGAAAUGCCAGCCUCGACAAUGUUCAGAGAGCGAGUUCGCCUGCACAAACGGCCGCUGCAUCGCCGGAAGAUGGAAGUGUGAUGGAGAUCACGACUGUGCUGAUGGAUCUGAUGAGCAUGGCUGUGAUCUGAAGUGUGACACUGACCAGUUCCAGUGUAAGAGCGGCCACUGCAUCCCGAUCCGCUGGAGAUGUGACUCUGACCCUGACUGCAUGGACGGCAGUGAUGAGGAGAACUGCGGCAGCGCUGCUGGACGUCACUGCCCUCAGAAUGAGUUCCAGUGCAACAACACUCUGUGCAAGCCACUCGCCUGGAAGUGUGAUGGCGAAGAUGACUGUGGCGACAACUCUGAUGAGAAUCCAGAAGAAUGCAGGAGGUUCCAGUGUCCUCCCACCAGGGUCUUCCGCUGCCUGAAUGACCGCGUGUGUCUGCACAUGUCGAGGAGGUGCGAUGGCGUUAAUAACUGUGGGGACAACUCAGACGAACUCAACUGUGAGGCCCACCGAGCGCCUCCCACGUGUGAGAAGGAUGAGUUCUUGUGCUCCAACGGCAGAUGCAUCAGCUCCAACCUACGCUGCAACUUCUUCAAUGACUGCGAGGACUUUGGAUCUGAUGAGAUCAAGUGCAAAACAGACAAAAGGCUGAACGACUGUCGCAGUAACACCACUCAGUGCGGCGAUGGAGACGAGGCCCACUGCAUCACCAGUGGCACGGAUUCCUUCUGCUCCUGCAAACCGGGCUUCCAGAAGAUAGGACACCGCACCUGUGGAGAUAAGAACGAGUGUUUACAGUUUGGAGUUUGCUCCCAGAUCUGCAACAACACCAAGGGCUCCUACAAAUGCAGCUGCUACAAGUACUUUACCAGGAUCAAUGACACAUGCAAGGCUGACAGCAUGAACAGCAGCCGGCAGAUUCUAUACAUUGCUGAUGACAAUGAAAUCCGCAGUCUGGAUCCCGGCAUGCCCAACUGGCGCUACGAGCAAAUCUUUCAGGGAGACGCCAGUGUGCGAAUUGACGCCAUGGAUUUGCACGUCAAAAGCAACCGCAUCUUCUGGACCAACUGGCACACCGGCCGCAUCUCCUCAUACGAGCUCCCGGAGCAGUCCUCAUCCUUGUCUUCCUCCAACUCUCAUGGCAACCGGCGACAGAAUGAGGGCGGUAUCACCAACCUGCAGAUCAGUGAGCUGAAGAUGCCCCGUGGUAUAGCAGUGGACUGGGUGGCUGGGAACCUGUACUGGACCGACUCUGGUCGAGACGUCAUUGAAGUGGCUCAGAUGUCAGGGCAGCAUUGCAAGACCCUCAUCUCUGGCAUGAUAGAUGAGCCUUAUGCCAUUGUAGUGGACCCACAGAGAAGUACCAUGUACUGGGCAGACUGGGGAAACCAUCCUAAAAUCGAGACGGCCGCCAUGGACGGCACUCUCAGACAGACUCUCGUUCAAGAAAACAUCCAGUGGCCCACAGGAUUAGCCGUGGACUACUUCAACGAGCGCCUUUACUGGGCUGAUGCUAAGCUCUCAGUCAUCGGCAGCGUUCGUUUGGACGGCUCCGAUCCUGUCAUCGCCGCCUCUGGCAUCAAAAACAACCUGCUCCAUCCCUUCAGCAUAGAUAUCUUUGAGGACUACAUCUACGGAGUCACUUACAUGAACAAUUUUGUCUUCCGAGUCAACAAGUUUGGCAAAGGCCCGAUGGAGAACCUCACUACAGGCAUCAACCACGCCACUGACAUUGUCCUGUACCACCGUUACAAGCAACCAGACAUACCUAACCCGUGUGACAAGAAGAAGUGCGAGUGGCUGUGUCUUCUUAGUCCUAGCGGGCCCGUUUGCACCUGCCCCAACAACUACAUCGCUGACAACGGUACAUGCGUGGAGAGACCGAUCCCCACUUCGUCACCCUUCUCUCCACCGUCAGAGCCCUGCAGUCUCCAGUGUCUGAACGGAGGUAGCUGCUUCUUCAAUGCCCAUCAGGUGCAAAAGUGUCGCUGCCAGCCCAGCUACGUGGGAGCGCGAUGUGAAGUUAACCAGUGCAGAGACUACUGCAAGAAUGGAGGCACUUGCACCUCUUCCCGUACAGGUACACCGACUUGUAGAUGUCCUAAAGGCUUCACAGGGCCAAACUGCAACCUCCACACUUGUCAGGAUUAUUGCCUGAAUGGAGGCAACUGCUUGGUCAGCAUGGGCAACCAGCCAACCUGCAGCUGCAAACCCGACUACCAAGGAGACCAGUGCCAGUACAGUAAAUGUGAAGACUUCUGUCAAAACGGCGGAACCUGCUUACAGACCUCCAACGGCACCAAACUGUGUCAGUGCCCCAUCCAGUAUACGGGGCACCAUUGUGAGCUCGACAAGUGUCAAUUCUGUGGAGAGGGCAAGUGUUUGACGUUGGCCUCCGGGGAAAUUGCCUGCAACUGCACCAAUGGUCACACCCAGUCCAGCUGCUACACAUGUUUGGACUACUGCGCUCAGGGCCAGUGUUCAUUUGACACCCGCACUCUGCUUCCUACAUGCAGGUGUCUUUCUGGAUGGUCAGGAUACAGGUGUGAAGUUGCAUCUUCCCCUGUGGAUUCUACUGCUGCUGGUGGCAGCUCCGCCUCCAUUGUGAUCCCAAUCCUCCUGCUGCUGCUGUUGGCACUGCUGGUUGUUGGGGCCAUCUUGUGGUACAAGCGGAGAAUGCGUGGGUCUCUGUGCCCAGGCAAAUGUCGCACUCAGUGCUUGCGUGCAAAGGGCUUCCAGCACCACCGAAUGACGAAUGGAGCCAUGAAUGUUGAGAUCGGGAACCCGGCCUAUAAGAUCUAUGAAGGAGAUCCUGAUGAUGACGCCGGGGAGCUGCUAGAUUCAGACUUCACUUUGGACCCAGAUAAGCCCACCAACUUCACCAACCCCGUGUACGCCACCCUGUACAUGGGCGCCCACAACAGCCGCAACUCUCUGGCCAGCACGGAUGAAAAGAAGGAGCUUCUAUCCCAGGGCGACGACGACGACCCGCUGGCGUAGAGCUCGGCUUGGAUUGAACUCUGCUGACGUCGUCCGACUCAGAGCUGAGUCAACAAGCUCCCUCUCUCUCUAUCUCCCUCUCAUCAUAUGCCUUUACCAGCUGAAAAGAAAAGCAACAAAAGGAGAAAAAGAAACGCAAGAACUCUGUACAAAAUGUAUAAAAAUGAAGGACUACUUUUUUAAGUGAUUGCAGUAUUAUAUUUUGUUCUUUGACAUAAAAAAAAACAGUGGGGGAAAACAAACCAUUUUUUUUGACAUUUUAUCAGUUCUGUUUAAUUUUGCCCACUUCCUCUUUACAUAUAGCCACUACCUCUGUGCAAAUGUAAAUGAUGGAGAGAAACACAGCUGUGGAGCAGAUUUUUUUAACAUUUUUGUAUGAAUUGUAUGGGGUGGGGCAGGGGUGGGGAAGUAUUCAUCCAUCCUGGAGGAAGAAAUUGCCAAGUCUUUAGUUGCUUGGGAGAGUAAUGUCAGUGCUCACCAUGAAUGCUUCCUGGAUGCUUUCCACUUUACAUGUGCAUGUUUAGUUUGCUGCCGGAAGGAGACUGACAGAGGAAUGCACACAGCAGCUACAUUCAAGUGAUUGUCUUUUACCUCCUUGCACAGACUAAAGUUAUAUAGAAAUCUAUAUUUCCAUAUAAAAAUAUAUAUAUAUGAAUCUAUUAACAAAGUGUCUUGAAAAUAUUACCCAGGAAAUACAAACAAACCGUAACAAAUAGCAGUCUGUACUUUUUAACAUUAGUUUUUAUUCUUUUAAGUCCUUGUGUAAUCUUCGUCAGCAGCAAUGAGAGUUAAUGAGGAUGAUUGUAAGUCCACCUUCCUGGAUUUAAAAAAAAUAAUAAUCCAGGAAUGGAUAUCCGUGGCCUUGCUUUUUUUUCUGCAGGAGACACUGAGGAGCGAUGGGAGCUCUGACACUGCUCCACAUCGUUUGUUUUAGCCGUUUAAAAAAAAAAAAGGGCAAAAUUGUCUGAAUUCACUGAAAAUCAGCAGAGGUUGCUUUUAGCUUUCCAUUCCUUGUCUUUUGAUUGUAGACUGUCAGGAAAGGCCAGGGAGACCGAUUGAUGGUACGACACGUGAGGUUGAACUUCUCUCUCUCAUUUUUAGUUUAUAACUAUGUAGUUUAGGUAAAUGCUCAUCACUGAAUCCAUUCCAAAUAGCGAGACUGAUCUGCUUCCUGAUGAGUGUAUAUUUUUUAUUUGAAUUGUUUUGCUGCUAACAGUGUUGCACACUGUGCUGCUUUUUAAAACCACCAGCCAUUCCUGCCAUAUCACACAGCAUGGUGCUCACACUUACUGAGGAACGUCUGGCUUUACCCUUCACUUGUUAACAGUAUUCAUCACCUUUUUUAAGUAUAAUGAUCUUGUUCACAUGACUGGUGUAAAUUAGAACAAUCAUUUGGUUGGAGGAUUUCUUUUGGUAGCAAAAAUCCCACGGGUCUGUGGAUCUGAUUGUUUUGUUAUAAUUUGAUUUCUUUUUGAUAUAAGAAAUUAAAUGGAUUUUUCUAGUAGAAAUGUACAACGGCCCUGUCUGUCAUUUGGAGAGAAAAGGAGGAGAGGAAACUUGGUUGAUCCUAAAAAAUAAAACAAGAUUGUAGAAAUUG